AUGCCGCCUCCGCGCGGCGCGGCGCGGCGCGCUGACACGUCGUGGGAGGCGCUGGCGGGCGCAGAGGAGACGCGUAUGCAGGUGGAGGAGGCGCUGCUGCUGCCCCUCAAGCACCCAAAGGCCUUCGCGGCGGUACGCGAGGGCACGCGCGCGUUCGGCUCGGACCGCGCCGCGGCACUGCUCUUUUACGGCCCGCCCGGCACCGGCAAGACGACGGCGGCGAAAAUCGCGGCUGCAGAGGCGGGGCUUCCGCUCGUGUACGCGCCGCUCGAGGCGCUGAUGAGCAAGUGGUACGGCAAGGCGGAGCAGCAGCUCGCCGCGCUCUUCGACGACUGCGCGACGCUCGGCCGCUGCAUCCUCUUCCUCGAUGAGCUGGACGCGCUCGCCGGCUCGCGAUCGCGCGAGAUCAACGAGGCGUCGCGCCGCAUGCUCUCCGCGGACACGACGCUGAUCGCCGCGACGAACCGCCGCACGGACCUCGACUCGGCCCUCCUCUCGCGCUUCGACGUGCGCAUCCACUUCGCUGCGCCCGAGGCGCCCGGCCGGUGCGAGAUCUUCGGGCUGUACGCAAAGCACUUGCCCGCAGAGCAGCGCUUCCGGCUGGGCGACGCGGCGCGCGGGCUGAGCGGGCGCGACAUCCUCGACGUGUGCAGGCAGGCGGAGCGGCGGUGGAUGUGCAGCUUGCUGCGCGACGAGCUCGACGAGCCGCCGCUGCCGCUGCCGCUGCCGCCGUAUGAAGAGUACGAGGCGGCGCUGCACCGCCGUCUAGAGACGAGCAGCGAGCGGGAGGACGACGCGCCGCCUCCCGUGCCGCCCCCAAAGCUGUCGCCGCAUGCGGCCGCAGCAGCCCGCGCGAGGGAGGCGCACGGCCGAUCCGGGUCGAGCCACCUCUGGGCAAACAGUGUGGCGCCUGACCGCCGCUGA